GAGGUCUCACCAGCCACACACAGUCUCUGCCUUUUGGUCUUGUUUCUUCUUCCUCCUCAGUCUCCAGGUUGGAUUAGGGAUGCUGAUGGAACUUUGCGGGUCCAACAAUUUUCAGGUUAUACUUUUGGGCCUCAUCAUGAUGCCUGUAGGCCUGGCCGCUAUGGACAGCCAAGGCUUUCAUGAACUUGAGAAGGACCCUUCCUACUGGGACUCAAAAGCAAAGGCAACACUGGAUGCUGCACUGAAGCUCCAUCCUCGACAACACCGGGCUAAAAACAUUAUUCUAUUUCUUGGUGAUGGGAUGGGUGUGUCUACAGUUUCAGCAGCACGUAUCCUGCGAGGUCAGAAUGAGGGCGGGUCUGGGGAAGAAACGGAGCUGGCCAUGGACACCUUCCCAUAUGUCGCCCUCUCUAAGACCUACAGUGUGGAUAAGCAAGUUGCGGACAGUGCCAGCACGGCCACGGCCUAUCACUGUGGGGUGAAGGCCAACGCCAAGACAGUUGGACUCAGCGCUAAAGCAGUGGCCUAUGAGUGCAACACUACUUUUGGAAAUGAGGUCUACUCAGUACUACGACGUGCGAAAGCCCAAGGUAAAUCAGUGGGUAUUGUGACCACCACACGUGUUCAGCAUGCCUCACCAGCUGCAGCCUAUGCCCACUCUGUCAGCCGCAGCUGGUACAGCGACGCAGACCUUCCUUCCAGUGCUCAAAAACAUGGAUGUGUGGAUAUCGCUACCCAGCUGGUCACCAACUUUGACAUUGAUGUGAUUCUUGGGGGAGGAAGGAUGUACAUGACACCAAAAGGCACUCCGGAUCCUGAGUAUCCUACCUCCUCUUCUCGUAAGGGAAACCGCAAAGACAAGAAAAACCUUAUUGACGUGUGGUUGAAUGCUAAACCGAACAAGAAAUCACUGUAUGUCUGGCAUAAGAAGGAGUUUGAUGAGAUAAAUGUGAGAACUACAGAUCGUCUGAUGGGUCUUUUUGAAGCAAAGGACAUGAGAUUUGAUGUUUUCCGGAAUACCACACGAGACCCAUCUAUUGUGGAGAUGACCGAAAAAGCAAUUCAAAUCCUCAAGAAGAAUCCAAAAGGAUACUUCUUGUUUGUGGAAGGAGGGAGAAUUGACCAUGGACACCACGAUGGCAUUGCAAAACUGGCGCUAACUGAAGCUGAUAUGUUUGAUCGUGCAAUUGAACGGGCAGCACAAAUCACCGAUGAGUCUGACACACUGACAGUGGUAACUGCGGACCACUCUCAUGUCUUUACCUUUGGUGGUAACACACCUCGAGGGAACCCCAUUUUUGGUCUGGCGCCAAAGAAAGCAGAUGACGAAAUGCCUUUUACCAGCAUCCUUUAUGCCAAUGGCCCUGGUUAUGUGCAUGUAAAUGGAACCAGAGGGAACAUCACAACGGUGGAUUACUUGGAUGAGGAGUACAUGCAGCAGGCCGCUGUACCACUGGAUGCUGAGACACACGGUGGAGAAGACGUAGCCAUCUACGCCAAAGGUCCCAUGGCUCACCUGUUUCAUGGAGUAAAGGAGCAGAACUACAUAGCACAUGUUAUGGCCUAUGCAGCCUGUUUGGAGCCAUACAGAAACUGCCCUCCUCACCAUCACAGCCAUUCCUCAGCUGGGUGUGUGAACAGACAUUUAGGCCUUUUGGUCAACAUGCUUGUCCUUCUUUGGUUUUUAAGAUGACCUUCAUCCACACACAUACAUUUGAACUGUUACGAUUAUUUGCAUGCAGUAAAACAAAGAUUAUGGAUUAAGUGCUUUCAGGUAAAUAUGCCAACAAGCCCAUUUUGUGCAUGGGCUGGAAAAUCAGAGUGCAUGGAUAAACACUGACAGUACUGUAUUUAUUACCAAAAACUCCCUGGAUCAUGUGGUAAUGAUCCACACACACUAGUGUUUUUGCCAUAGAUUUACAAUGCAAGUUUGAGCACGCAAGUGUUAACUAAUCUAAGCUGCCUAGCAAUAAAAAAUAGAGCACUGACAGCUUGUUCACAUGAAAAUAUGCAAAGAUGAACUGUUAUUCUUUUGUAAACUGAAACAGUUUUUCAAGAGACGAUUAAAGACUCAAUAACUCA